AUGUUCAUUUAUGUCGUUACUCCAGCUGAAACCAAUGAUAAAUUAAAGAUUCAAUGCGGCCCCACUGACGACAUAAGGGUGAUUAGGGAAGCCAUUGUGAAGCAUUUUGGAAAGGAGUACAAGUCAGAAUGUCAAAGAUUAAUAUUUGGCGGCAAACAACUCGAGGACGGCUACACCCUUUUUCAUUACAACAUUAAAAAUACAAAUACCAUCCAAUUAUUCAAAAAGAUAAACCGCGUCUUAGAACAACCAAUCGUAUCUGUCGUCGUGUCUACACCUCCUGAACAAGCAGUAGAUGCAAAACCUACGGAAUCUGCUGCGCCCACUGCGCUCGCUGCACCUUCCCAAGACAGUCUUACGCAAGAUCCCUUCAAUUGUGAAGCUGUGGAAGAGUAUAUUUGUGAAAAGUGUAACAAUAAUCCCCGUAAAAAGUGCAAAAAUUGUGGGUGCAAUAUUUGUGGAGGAAAGGAUGACGACGAACACACGAUUGUGUGUGACGAAUGUCAAUAUUACUUCCAUUUUAGUUGUCUGAACCCUCCUCUCGACAAAUUACCCGAAGAUGAAUAUUGGUAUUGUACGGAUUGUAAACACCAGGACGAAGAUGUUGUCCUAGCGGGUCAAGGAUUGGACCUUAAAAAAUCUAAAAAAUCCAAGAUGCCAUCCGCAUUCCAAACGAAAAGUUGGGGUGGUGGAAUGGCUUGCGUCGGUCUCUCUAAAAGAUGCGAAAUCGUGGAUCCUGAUUACUUUGGAGCUAUUCCUGGUGUCCCGGUUGGGUCAUCAUGGAAAUAUAGAAUUAAUUGUUCGGAGGCCGGGGUUCAUCGUCCCCCUGUCGCUGGAAUUGCGGGUAAAAGCACUGUCGGUGCAGUCUCGAUUAUUCUUAGUGGCGGCUAUCCUGAAGAUACGGAUAACGGAUUCGAUUUUAUCUAUACUGGAUCUGGUGGUAGGGACCUUAAAACAGGAAAUAAGCGUACGGCCGAGCAAACUUCAGAUCAAGAACUUACUAAAACCAAUUUGGCCCUUGCAUUGUGCUGCGAUGCAAAGGUUGACGAUAAAAAGGGAGCCACCGCGAAAGAUUGGAAAAAAGGUAAACCUAUCCGAGUAUGCCGAAGUGAGAAACUGAAAAAGCAUAAUCCGAAAUUUGCACCAGACGAAGGAAUAAGAUACGACGGUCUAUAUAAAGUCGUCAGGUACUGGCCUGAAAAAGGCAAAGCCGGAUUUAUAGUAUGGCGUUAUGAAAUGCGACGUGACGAUGAUGAACCCGCUCCUUGGACGAAAGAAGGAAAAAAAUAUAUUGCCGAUCUCGGAUUAACAAUGCAUAUUCCGGAAGAAUUAAAAGAAUCAAGUAAGCGUAAAUCGGAAGAAGGAGGGUCUCCAUCUAAGAAAACAAAGGUAAAAAAAUACAAACCGACAAGCGAGUUUAUGAAGCUCAUCAAAAAAGAUGUUAGAAACGUACGUGCUUGGGAUAUUGUCCUGGGAAAAGAUUUUACGACAUUGGCAGAUCUCAUUUCUAUCAUAGAAGAGGAGUUUAAGUGUCCAUCUGUUCAAAUAUUCGGCCGAAAGUGUGUUCAAUGCCGUGAGGAAUUUGGUCCCGAAAAGUUUACGAUAAAUGAAAAUCUGGUCGCCGCAUUAAAAGAAGUAAUUCCUACGUAUAACUGUGAACUCAAGAAGGGAAAGGGAAAG